AUGUUCCUAAAACUUCCUGUGUUUCUUUUACAGGACAUCCCUGAUGGCGACGUGUUGAUUCACGCUGGUGACUUUACGAAUUUCGGAUCGGAAAGCGAACUUAUUAAGUUUAAUGAAGACAUAGGCACGUUUCCUCUUUGUCGCCUUCCUCAUAAGCACAAAAUCGUUGUGGCUGGUAACCACGAUCUGGGUUUUGACGAUUCCGAGGAAAUGAAUGGGAGGUUGCCGCAGUACCAAGGCCAUGGAACACCUAAAGGCUAUCGUCUGCUUAAGGACGUUAUAUGGUUACACGAUAAAGGUGUUAAGUUCGAUGGAGUGACUUUUUUUGGUUCUUCUUGGCAUCCGCUCUAUGGAUAUCCUUUCUAUACACCUCGACCUAAAUUAGAGGAAAAGUGGAGGUCGUUGCCAUCCGGUAUUGAAAUUCUGAUCACUCAUACACCAGCUCUGGGUGAGCAGCCGUUUAUUUUUCACAUUUGUUUCUAA